AUGGAGACAUUGUCUUUUUAUUUUGUUCUUUUUCUUUUGGUGUCCAUUUCUUUUUCUCUUUGUUUUGAUGCUCUGUUUUCUUUCUUUCUUUCAAAUCACAAUCCUUGGUUUUUUUCUUUUUUCUAUUUAUCUUCUGUUUUUCUAAAAAUUCUCUUUUUCAUCAUUUGGUUUUUUUUUUCUAUCUUCUGGUUUUUUUUUUCUAAAUUCUCUGUUUUUCUUUCUAUCUUCUCUUUUAUUUCUUUUAUUUCUUCUCUUCUUAAAAAUUUUUCUUUCUUCUCUUAUUUCUUUCUUCUUUUGUUAUUUCUUUCUAUCUUCUCUGUUAUUUUGAUCUAUCUUUCUCUGUUAUUUCUUUCUAUCUUCUCUGUUAUUUCUUUUUUAUCUUCUCUGUUAUUUCUUUCUAUCUUCUCUGUUAUUUCUUUCUAUCUUCUCUGUUAUUUCUUUCUUAUCUUUUCUGUUAUUUCUUUUCUCUUCUCUGUUAUCUAUCUUCUCUGUUAUUUCUUUCCUAUCUUCUAUAUUUCUUUCUAUCUUCUCUGUUAUUUCUUUCUAUAUUCUCUGUUAUUUCUUUCUAUUUCUCUGUUAUUUCUUUCUAUCUUCUCUUUCAGGUCUAUCUUCUCUGUUAUUUUUUCUAUCUUCUCUGUUAUUUCUUUCUAUUAUUUCUUUGUAAAUUUUCUAUUUCUUUCUAUCUUCUCUGUUAUUUCUUUUCUAUCUUCUCUGUUAUUUCUUUCUAUCUUCUCUGUUAUUUCUUUUUAUCUUCUCUGUUAUUUCUUUCUAUCUUCUCUGUUAUUUCUUUCUUCUUCUCUGUAUUUCUUUUCUAUCUUCUUUUAUUUCUUUCUAUCUUCUCUGUUAUUUCUUUUCUAUCUUCUCUGUUUCUUUUGUUUUUUAUUCUAUCUUCUCUGUUAUUUCUUUCUAUCUUCUCUGUUAUUUCUUUCUAUCUUCUGUUAUUUCUUUCUAUCUUCUCUGUUAUUUCUUUAUAUCUUCUCUGUUAUUUCUUUCUUCUUCUCUGUUAUUUCUUUCUAUCUUCUCUGUUAUUUCUUUCUAUCUUCUCUGUUAUUUCUUUCUAUCUUCUCUGUUAUUUCUUUCUAUCUUCUCUGUUAUUUCUUUCUAUCUUCUCUGUUAUUUCUUUCUAUCUUCUCUGUUAUUUCUUUCUAUCUUCUCUGUUAUUUCUUUCUAUCUUCUCUGUUAUUUCUUUCUAUCUUCUCUGUUAUUUCUUUCUAUCUUCUCUGUUAUUUCUUUCUAUCUUCUCUUAUUUUUUCUAUCUUCUCUGUUUUUCUUUCUCUGUUAUUUCUUUUCUAUCUUCUCUAA